UUCGCCGCAGUCUCAAUUCUGCCUCCUGGCUUGAAUCUCCGCGUUCAGCUCAUUCUCCUACCAUGCUCUCUGAGCCUGGACUUCCAUCGUCCUAAGUUCAUCCUGUUUUCAAUGAGGGUGGAGACUGCGCCCCUUAGCGCCGCUGUCCGGAUCGACGUUAUUGCUUAAAUAGUCCGAUGGGGUGCUUUGAUCCGAGAGGUUGAAGUGGAUUUUGAAUCGUCCGACUAACGAUGACGACGAGAUCGAAGGACAAGGUUGUCGCAGCAUUCAGAAAGUUGUUCCGCACGUCAGAGAAGAUUAGUGAACAGGACGGAGCGAGUGGUGGUCCGACAAACUCCCCAUCGCGUCGUUUGCUAAGUCGCCAUCAUCGGCCGGACGUUGUUACCCCGUCGAAUUCGGGACUGCAGGAGAUGCCAGGUUGCAGCAGCCACUCGAGCAGCUGUUUUUUCAAGACGAAAAAGUCUGGGGCCAGCUGCUCGCAGACAACCGUUACCGCCGUUCCGGAACGUGGCGUGCGAUUGCGACGCCUGAUGAAAGAGCUCAGCGAGGUUCAGAGGCUUCAGCAUCGCCGGGAUGCCGCCUUCAGCGCUGAGCUGGUGAACGACAAUCUCUUCGAGUGGCAUGUUAGACUGCACAAAGUCGAUCCCGAGAGCGAAUUGGCAGCGGAUAUGCGUGAACUUGAAGUGCCCUACAUAUUACUCCACGUUAUAUUUCCCGAAAAUUUUCCAUUCGCUCCACCCUUCAUGAGGGUCAUUUCACCCCGUAUCGACAAGGGAUUUGUCAUGGAAGGAGGCGCCAUUUGUAUGGAACUUCUCACUCCACGAGGUUGGGCCAGCGCCUACACCAUAGAGGCUGUAAUCACCCAGUUUGCCGCUAGUAUCGUUAAGGGUCAGGGGCGCAUCGCGAGAAAGACGAAGAGCCAUAAGGAAUUCAACCGAAGAUCGGCCGAGGAGUCUUUCAGAAGUCUUGUUAAAACACAUGAGAAGUAUGGUUGGGUUACACCUCCGUUAGCCGAGGGCUAAUCCUUCGUGUUAUACUGCUCAAUUUGAAGGUGUCAUGACGUUUCUAAUCCGUACAAAUACAUCGUGUUCGCGAAAUAUUGUUACGUUCCAGAUCUCAUACGUUUUUUACUCAAUUAUUACCACAUGCUUAAAUGUGAAGUUAUUUAUAACAAUUCAUGGAUUAUGCAUACAACCGGUUAAAGAAGCCACGGUAAAAACUUUAUCCAUAUUACUAGUUACACAUCAUUGUGAUUUCCGUUUUAGUUUUUCGUUAGAUUAUUUUCGAUAUACUAAAAAAUCAUAUCUACAAUAAGAUACGUGUUUUACAAGGUUGUAGACUGUUCUCCGCUACUAAACCGAUUCCCUACCGUGUUCCACGAGGAAACUGUUCCUGUUCCCAUGAUAGGGAAAUAUGGCGUCGGAAGUGUCAAUCAGCUGAUCGUUUUAGGUAAAUUUAAUAAUGAUACGGCACAUAAGAUAUCGUGCAAACUCUCAAUCUUUCAUUUUGUGAUAUGGAGUUAGUGUAGAGUAAAAUACGAGAUAAAAAAAACAUUCUAUAUUUGUAAAUUAAAUACGACGGCCAUAACAGCGAGCGCCAUAUUUACUAUCGCACGAUCGUAUUUCUUGGAUUUCGAGAUCCCGAUCGCAGUUACACAAAUUUGGGAAUCCAGUACUUCGGAAAAAUAUUCAAGUGUAAAUUACAUUCACACGAAUACGCAAUAUCGAUAAUUGUAAAGUGGCGACAGCUGUUUACGAAUGAUUGCAUGCUUCCUCGUUUUUUAUAUGUAUUUAACCGUUACAUAAAUUGUUAAAGAAAAUGUUUAGGAAACUCUGUUUAUAAAAAUCUCUCUAGUCAUGUAAUAUUUCUCUAAAAAUAAGUACCACUGUUCUAUAUGUGCCAAAUAAAUAUUAUUAUACCUGUC